UGGAUCUCCUCCAGCAUCAGGGAUCCAUUUAUUCUAUUUACUGAUUUAACGGUUUAAUCGGUUUACAACUAAUGGUUUUCGGUUAAAAUUGAAACCAAACUAAUUAUUAGAGUUUGAAAUCAAAACCAACCCGAUUCGAUUCGAUUUGGUUUUGCGAUUUCGGUGCUGAAUUGAUACCCUCUUUUCCAGUCACCAGUGUGGUUCGAAGUCUAAAUACAGCGAAACAGAGAGGACCUAUGUAGAGCAGGAUGCGGUUUUGUUAUGAAAGUCAGUUUGAGAUAUUUUCCAUUUUCCCGGAAGCUUCAUCAAGGAACAUGGCAGAAAUUUGGGUUGUUUCCUCACCAAUUUCUGCCCAAUUUCUCGUCAAGUACAUUAAAUACUUCUGUAACCAACAAACUGGAAAAAACAAUCGCUAGUCUCAUUGGCAUCAAUCCCAGAACAGCUUUCGUAGCUUAUGCAGAAACUUGUGUUUCUGUCUUAAAGAUCCUUUCCACUCAUGGCUUUAUCAGAGAAGGGAGAGCAUUUCAUGGGCAUUUUAUCAAAAUGGGCAUCUCGUCAGAUCGAUAUAUAAGCGUCAAGCUCCUUAUCAUGUACUUGAAUUGCAAGAUAAAUGUUGACGUUGAGGAGAUACUUAGAGAAUUUGGUGGGUUUGAUAUUGUUGCUUGGAAUUGUAUGAUCACGGCUCGAGUCCAGCAGGGCAAUCUACAAGCAGCUCUUCAGUUGUUCGAUGAAAUGCCUGAGAGAAACGAGGUCACCUGGACUGCAUUGAUUGCGGGGUUCAUGCAAUUUGGAAGAGUGGAUGAUUCAUUGUGGUAUUUCGAGAGGAACCCAUUUCAGAAUGUAGUUUCUUGGACUGCAGUAAUCAGCGGUUUUGUUCGGGAUGGGUCAAAUGUUGAAGCCUUGAAUUUUUUCUGCAAAAUGCUUGAGCAUGGAACCAAGCCAAACAAUGUGACCUUUACUUCCAUUCUUGGAGCUUGCAUUGGGUUGGGUGAUCUUAAAUUAGGCCGGAAUAUUUUGGGAUUGAUUGUUAAAUUGGGUUUUGAGGACAAUUUAUCUGUUUGUAAUGCUCUAAUCACAUUUUACGUAAGGAUGGGUGAGUUUGACUUGGCAUGGAGAGUUUUCGAUCGGAUGGAAAGCAGAGACGUAAUUUCUUGGACUGCGAUCCUCGAUUUAUAUGUUGAGAUGGGGGAUAUGUUAGAAGCUCGUCGGAUUUUUGAUGAGAUGCCUGAGAGAAACGAAGUUUCUUGGAGUGCAAUGAUUGCAAGGUAUAGCCAAGGAGGGGAUGCCAAAGAAGCACUGAAACUCUUUGUUGACAUGCUUCGUGAUGGAUUUCGACCAAAUCUCUCUUGUUAUUCUAGCAUUCUUAGUGCGUUGGGUAGCAUUGAGUGUUUGCGUCUAGGGACAAGCAUUCAUGGAGAUGUUAUCAAAAUUGGAAUUGAAAGGAAUGUCUUUAUAGGUGGCCCUCUGAUUGACAUGUAUUGCAAAUGUGGGCAGACUGCAGAUGGACGUCUUGUCUUUGAAUUGAUUUCAGAGAAGAACUUGGUAUGUUGGAACUCUAUGGUUGCAGGGUAUGGUUUAAAUGGUCAACUAGAGGAAGCUAAGGAGUUGUUUGAGCAGAUCCCUAGGAGAAAUAGUAUCUCCUGGAAUACAAUGAUUUCUGGUUAUGUACAAAACGAACACUGUCAUGAGGUGUUGGAGGUUUUCAAUCAGAUGUUGUUGUCAGGAGAAACUCCAAACGAAUCUACAUUCUCCAGUGUCUUGCGUGCUUGUUCAAGCUUGGCCUGCCUAGAGAAAGGCAAGAACCUUCAUGGGAAGAUUAUCAAACUUGGGAUUCAGUAUGAGCUCUUCGUGGGGACUGCACUUACUGAUAUGUAUGCAAAGUCUGGGGACAUAGAAAGCUCCAAGCAGGUUUUGAAUAAAAUGCCUGAGAAGAAUGAGGUCUCUUGGACUGCAAUGAUUCAAGGGCUUGCAGAUAAUGGGCUUGCAGAGGACUCUCUUAAUCUGUUUGAUGAAAUGGAAAGAACAUCGAAUGUGGCUCCUUCUGGGCUUAUGUUCUUAGCUGUUCUUUUUGCUUGUUCUCAUUUUGGAUUGGUUGAGAAAGGGUUCAAGUACUUUGAGUCAAUGGAAAAGGUCUAUGGUAUAAAGCCAACUGGUAGACACUAUACCUGCAUUGUUGAUUUGCUGGCACGAUCAGGGCACCUUAGAGAGGCUGAAAAUUUCAUUAAAGCGAUGCCAUUUCAACCUGAAGCUAAUGCAUGGGCUGCUCUAUUGAGUGGUUGUAGUGUUUAUAAGAAUGAGGAGAUAGCAGAAAGGACUGCUAAGAAGAUCUGGGAAUUGUUGGAGGAGAACUCAGCUGGUUAUGUCUUGCUGUCAAAUAUAUAUGCUUCGGCUGAGAGAUGGAGUGAUGUUUCAAGAGUGAGAAAAUUAAUGAGGGAGAAGGGAUUGAAGAAGAUUGGUGGGUGUAGUUGGAUUGAGGUGAGGAAUCAAGUCCAUUCUUUCUAUUCUGACGGGAGCCACUCACAUUUGUCUGAUAUUGUCAGGAUUUUGGAACUCCUUAUGUCCGAAAUGAUGGUUGCUAGUCUAAGUGGUGAAUUUGAGGUUCAGAUUUAAGAAACACGUGAAAGCCAUUGCUGAGUUCUUAUUUGAUGGAUAUCAUUUGUCAGAAAUUAUUCCAAGUUCCUGGUGGCUAAUAUGGGUUUAAAUGCAUUUUCUUGGUGAUUUCAGGAGCCCCAGUCAGUGGACUCAUUUGCUUCUGAGGCUCCAAGGAAAGCUGAAAUUUUGAAACUUCUGAUCUUUCUCAUUGAAGGUAUCUUAGUGAUAGCCCGGCAUUGAGAUUUUUGUCCUAGAGGUUGUUUUUUGAUACACCAUCAACUUAACACUACUCUCUUUCCAUGGGGAGGAUCAGAAUUCUGUAUUGUGUGCCAAGAAAUGCUCAGAAGGCUACUGCAAAAGUGGGCCAUCAUGCGUUUCACUUUUCAUCUCUGAUUGAUGUAAUUCAAACUAGAAAAAGAGGGGGGCCUCUUGGUGGAGUUAGUGCCCCGGCAAAUCAGCUUUUCCAUAUAAAAAUAGGAAGGUCUCAAUGGUCUGAAUGAAGGUGUAAAAGGUCAAGAGUGAGGGCAGGAGAAUAAUAAGAAUGUCAUUAAUUCGAUUAA